CGAGUAUUCUCCGUGGUUUGAUUCAACUCUCGGCAUUUUUUUAUCUCAUUGAAAGACAACGAAUUCGUAAAACUACUUUUCAAAGACUCCAUGGGAUGAAAUUUGGAUUAUACUGAAAUAGAAUGGUUAGGAUUCUAUGAUGGCUUCCUUUUGGACUGCAUGGGCUAACAUUCUUACCUUCAGUGCCUGCCUCUGCACCAAUGUCCAUGCCACAACUAUUCUUCAGUUAGGACUUUUAGUUCCAAUCGAUGUCGUAGGACCUGGACAACUAGGUGAAGGAUUGAUCGUCGCCACUAAACUUGCAAUCAAGAAAGUCUACGACGACGGUUUCCUAAACCGGAGCUUUUCUCUCAACUUUACCACCGCGGACACUGCUUGCAAUAAGUUAAACGCUGUCAAAAAGGUCUACGAACUAAGUAAUGUUGACGCCUUCAUCGGCCCUGCUUGCUCAAGUGAGUGUAUAUCGUCAGGCCUACUUGCAACGGCUUUGAACAAGCCUAUGAUAUCGUACUCAUGUUCGUCUCUUGAACUGAGUAAUAACUUGUAUUAUCCAACGUUCGCACGAACACAACCAUAUACACGGACGUAUGCAUCUCUUACUCCUAAUAUGAUACAUAGAGUAUUGAGCCAUUACAAAUGGAAGAGGAUAUGUAUAAUAUCAACUGAAGACCAAAUAUGGGCUCCGCUUGCACUAAGCGUGAAGACAUAUAUCAAUGCAAGGAAUGUUUCGACUCCUUACAUAGGCGUUUUUGCCCCGAGUUCCAAGCUUGAUUACAAAACUGUUCUUUUUCCACCAAAAAGGAUUUGUCGAGUCAUCGCUUUCUUAGCAUACAGCGAAGAAGUAGCAAAGCUCCUCUGGACGGCAAACCUUCUAGGAAUGAGAAAUGGUGAAUAUGCCUUCCUGACUCUUGAUUUUGACAUCGAGGUUCGGUACCUCAACGGGUCUUGGCCGUACGUGCCCAAGGAAGAACUGUUUGCUACAUUCGAUGGUAUUGUAGACAUGGCGGUGGGACCACCAAGGGGUAGAGAGUUUGACCAAACUAUGGUGGAAAUGGAGCAGGCGCUGAGGAAUAAUAGCCUUCCGGUUAUAAACCAGAACCUACUAUUCGGUGCGUUUCUCAUCGAUGCCGUCAAGCUGUAUGCAUACGCAGUCAACAAGUCUAUCACACUUGGAAGUAACUAUAAGGACGGACGAGGCAUCAUUGCUAAUGUUUCACUGUCCAAGACACUAUUUGAAGGUUCUUCGGGGCCGUUUGGCAUCAACAAAAAUGGUGACAGAACACCGUACUUCGUGUUCACAAACAGACAGAACGGCAGCGUGGUACCAAUAGCUGAAUUCAAUCUCCUCAAGGACCCAAAUGAACCCGGUUACUUUACUCUUUUUAACUCAACGAUCAUUUGGCCAGGGGGGAGCACGGCUAUUCCACGUGAUGAACCCGUUUGUGGAUUCCGGGGGGAGAAUUGUGUUGAAGAACCAAAAGACAACACGUUCUGGUUUUAUAUGCUGAUUCUUCCAAUAGUCCUGGUCAUAGCAGGGAUUGCGGGCUUUUUCUACUACAGGAAAAAGCUUUUCGAAAAAGAUCUGAUAAGCAGCUCCUGGCUGAUUAGUUACAACGACAUCUCAUUCAUGCUGGCGGCAACUAGUCGAUAUUCAAGCAGGAUACGAAGUCGAGCUUCAGUAGCUAGCUCCAUGGGUAUGGCCGCUGGACACUCAUCCAACGUUGGUCGCUUCAAGGGUGAGCUCAUAUACGUAAAAAGACUUAGAAAGGAAAGCAUUAAUUUGACAAGAGAUGUUUUGAUUGACAUGAAAAAGGUCCGCGAUAUACGUCAUGCAAAUCUUAACCAAUACACUGGUGUUUGUGUCCAGUCCCCUAACAUCUGCAUUACGUCAUUAUUUUGUAACCGAGGCAGUCUACAGGAUAUUCUUGCUAAUGACGACAUCAACUUGGACUGGAUGUUUCGACAGUCAUUUGCCAAUGACAUUGUCGCUGGUAUGGAGGCUCUUCACAGCAGUGCUGUGUACGCUCAUGGAAAUCUUAAAUCCUCAAACUGUUUGAUUGACAGCCGGUGGGUGUGUCGUAUUGCCGAUUAUGGACUGGAUCUAAUUCGUGUGAACCAGAAGGAUAAGGAUACUGGUGACUACGCUAGAUAUCGAGAUAUGCUUUGGACCGCACCAGAACUCCUUGAAUACGCCAAGAAGAACCAAUUGUCUAAACACAAGACACAAAGCGGAGAUGUUUAUAGUUUCGGAAUUAUUUUAUAUGAGAUCUUAACAAGAGAUGAACCGUUUAUAAACAACACUAGCACCAUAACACCACAAGGUAGGUGCACUUGCGCAAAGCGGGAACUUCUACACUUUAAAUGGCUUUAAAGAGGGAACCAGAAAACAAACAAAAAAAUGGAGAAAUAAAAAAUAGAAAUAAUACAUAAUGACAGUAAAAAGAAGUGUUGUUUUUUAUUUGCUAAAAUGUUUAACAUAUAUUCUAGAAACUCGAAUAUUGUGGAUAACAUGAUCGCUAUGAUGGCUAAGUACACGGAUCAACUGGAGGAUUUGGUGGAAGAAAGGACGAAGCAGCUGGCAGAAGAGAAAGCAAAGACAGACGAACUGCUCUUUAAGAUGUUACCAAGACCAAUAGCGGAAGAGCUAAAGAAAGGAAACUCGGUUGCUCCGGAGAGUUUUGCAAGUGUUACGAUAUUCUUUAGUGACAUUGUUGGAUUCACGAGUGUAGCAGCUCAGAGCACGCCAUUCCAGGUCGUCGACCUCCUAAACGCGCUCUACACAUGUUUCGACAAAGUGGUCGACGAACACGAUGUGUACAAGGUUGAGACUAUAGGGGAUGCCUACAUGGUAGUAUCCGGGCUCCCUGUACGUAACGGUAACCGGCAUGCCGGAGAGAUAGCAUCGAUGGCUCUCAAUCUGUUGAGUACGGUCCGCGACUUUGAGAUUCCACACAUGCCAACGAGAAGAGUACAACUACGAAUUGGUAUCCAUACAGGAUCGUGUGUUGCUGGGGUGGUUGGUCUGAAAAUGCCUCGGUACUGUUUGUUUGGAGAUACAGUGAAUUACGCUUCAAGGAUGGAAUCAAGUGGACUAGCGUUACGAAUUCAUGUCAGUCCUGAAUGCAAAGAAGUCCUAGGAGCUCUAGGCGGUUACCAUCUGCAGGAAAGAGGUCCUGUCAACAUGAAGGGCAAAGGUACAAUCGUGACUUACUUCCUCCAGGGCAAAGAAGGGUUCAAUAAACCUUUGCCAGACUUGAAAGAUGCUGUUGGAUUAGCGGAACAUGAAUUUAAAUAAUUUCUUUUCAUUGCCAAUGGACCUAGCGAAUGCCUGGUUCGCAUGAUGACGUCUUUUUAGACAUCACUAAAAAAAGAUUACGUCACAAAGGAACAUAAAUGUAAUUAGACAACGGAUUUUACAACACGACGAAUGUUUCGCAAGAGAUGCAUUAAAACUAGACACCAUAAGAAUGAUGACACAUCCCAAGAGCAGGUACAUCCGACAUUGCAAGACCAGAUCGGCCGAACUGUAGAAGAGGAAAAAUAUUUUCCAUAUCUAUUUUUUACUUUUUCUCCCGUCUUUGGCAGUAUUUGUUAAUGCUUUUUUAGCGUUACUGCAAAAUUAUGUUUGCUUAUUUAUUUAUUUAUUUAUUUAUUUAUUUAUUUUGCUUCUCAUUCAGAUAAAAAAUAAUAAUAUAUAAUGCGACAGAGAAAGUCUUUUAGGUAUGACGUCAAGAUGGCGGCAAUGACGUCAUACCAUAAACAGCUUAAAAAUAAAUUAUUACACUUUAUUUUCAAAAAGUAAGCUGAAUUUAAUUAUUUUUUAUUUUGAAAGAGUGCGGCUCAUAACGAGCUGAACAUUAUCUAUUUAGUGAUCGCGAGCACAUAAGCGUUUAUAUUUACUUAACUUGUAGUUAUGCAAGGCGCGCUAGAUCUAGUUCUUUGUUCUGGAAGGAUGCGGCUUAUAGAAUCAUACGCUGACCAUUAUUUACUUUAGUGAUAGCGAGCACAUAAGCGUUUAUAUUCACUUAACUUGUUAAAAAGCGCAGCUUUGCGAGUUCAAAGACACUACCGCUACAAUCAUUUAUAUAAGAAAAGCUUUUUCUGGGGACAAAAGGCUCGGGCGAAUCGAGAUACACCACAACUGGCAUUGUAUAUCAAGCCAUAUUACACAACGUUCCGUGUAAUAACCUUUAAUUAACUUAAUUUAUAACUUUUUAAGAGGUACAGCAAAACUAGUCAAGAUUAGUAUUUACCAAAAUUAAUAUAUACAUAGACAUUUGAAAUAAAUUUGGACUUUUUAAAACGC